AUGUACCUCUUGGUGCAUACCAUUCAAUAUUUCGGCUUUUUCUUUUCUCAGUUCACCAAUUUAGUGCUACUUUAUCUUCUCUGGGCCAAAGCUGGAAAACAGAUUGGUCCCUUUCGCUAUCUUAUGAUGUCAUUUUCGUUGUAUUCUGUUGUCUACAACUACGUGGAUAUUGUCACCCAUCCGUUGGUUCUCAUGGAAAAACAAGUGUGUGUUGUGGUCAAUCAUGGACCAUUUCGGUAUACGCCUGGGUUCGGAUAUGUGCUUAUUUGCAUUUUCGGUGCAUCGUUCGGUUUAUGCAUCUCCAUUCUCUGUACACAGUAUAUGUUCCGAUACAUUGUCAUCUGCCAACAAAAGCAUCUUCAUUUGAUUGAGGGAAAACGACUUGCAUUGCUAUUUUUGUACCCCUUCGCAAUUUCUAUAACAUGGUUCUCUGUUUGCUAUUUUGGCUUGAAAAUAACUCCUGAAAAAAGAAAAGCUCUGAAAAUAACGCUUCAAGAAAACUAUGAUGAAGAUUCGGAUGUUAUCAUGUUUGCCGCUGCUCAGUACUGGAUAUUGGAUGACAAUGGCGAAACUACAUGGUGUUUACGUGACUGUUUGGCGGCACUUGGAAUGGUCGGCUUGAUGGUAGAAAGGAUCUGCUGUUUUGUUGUUAGUUUUUGUGGGAUAAAGACGUUCAGGAAAAUGAUGGAAGUGCAGGCUUCAAUGAGCAGGCAGACGGUAGCUCUGAAUAAGACCCUACUACCUUCAAUCCUGAUGUACGGCCCAGUUGGACUUCUGUUCUUUGCGCCACUUUUCGAAUGGAACCUGCAACUUUUAGUCAGUUCGGCUGGUGCCACUACAGCUAUUUAUCCUGCAUUUGAACCUUUAAUUGUCAUUUUCUGUAUAAGUUUGUUCCGCAGAGCAACUUUUCCGUGCAAGCAGACAAAUAUCAUUACUUCUUCUGCAGCGUUGCCGUCAAUUAUUUAA